CCCGUGAAGUCAACCCGGGGCGGGCUCGUUAAUAACGUCCACUGUGUCCGCCGGUCACACCACCACGCUCCGCGGUCCUCACUGACGAGACGACGAAGCGCUCCGUCGACGAGCAAUUGCUUCGCAGGCGUAACAGCAGGUCUCAGUCGUCCGGUUACUAGGUGCUGUCCUCCUUUGACAAGCGCGAGACUCUCUGGUAACAGAUCGCCGUCAUCGGCCAGAACGCGACCGUCAAUUUGGUAUUUCGCAGAGAGUUCAGCCCAAAUGGACUGACUUUGCCCAGGAACAUCUUGUAAACGCUACUGUUGGCGCAGGUAGAAGCAGGAAUCUCCGCAUCUGAACAUCACAGACGGAACGCAUUCGGAAUAUACGUGGUGCUUGUUUUCGCCUGCUCGAGAAAAACCUAGCGCCACCUGCGUGAGUUGACGCGUGCAUUUCGGCCUCCUCUUGCAACACAGUGUUGGCUCUUCUGCCAACACUACACUGUCAACAGAUCAUCACAUUGUGAGGACCGAGACACAGGGCGAGCUCUCCUCCUGGUGGUUGCCUACUGUGAUGACGCACUGACUUUGCCGGCGCCGUAGACUAUCUGCAACGACUGAGCUGCUACUGUCUCUUAGACUGGCCGUCGUCGCGGUGCCUCUGGUGGGGGAGAUGUGUGGAGCGGCGCCGGCGCGGCGCGGCCGCCUGCUGCUGGUGGCGCUGCUGGUGCUCGCGGCGUCGACGUGUGCGUCAGCGCGCCGCAAGUCCGGCGGCGGGCACCGACACGCCGCCCCCAGGACCACCACGCCCGCGCCGGAGGUCGACAUCUGCGACAUCCAGGAGCCCGGGUCGCCGGUGUUCUGCUACUGCAAGAGCGGCGAGACCGGGCAGGUGGCUUCCGCCACGUGCCUGGUGUUCUCGACGCCUCCAGACGACGAGGCGGCGUGGUCAGCGUUCCAGUCGCAGCCCGGCAUCCGCACGCUCAGCCUCAACGUCCGCGGUGACGGCAAGCUCACCAGGAUGCCCACCAGGUUGUUCGCGAAUCUGCCACAGCUGGAGGUGCUGUCGCUCCAGUACGCCAGCAUCAACCGCGUGACGCCGUACGCGCUGGCCAACAGUUCCAGCCUGAGGGAGGCGUCGCUGUCCAGGAACCAGUUCGUCAAGUUGGCGCCGCGAGCCUUCCACUCCCUCCCUAGGCUGGAAUCCCUGUAUCUCAGCGAGAACCGCAUUCAGGAGCUCCACCGUGACGUGUUCGUGGACCUGCCGUCGCUGCGGGUGCUGGCGCUGGACCGCAACAACCUGAGCGUGCUGCACGAGCGCGCCUUCUCGCAGCUGCCGGCGCUGCAGGAGCUGGACCUGCACGGCAACCAGCUGCCGGCGGUGACGCGCGCCACCUGGGCCGGGCUGGGCGCGCUGCGCCGGCUCGACCUCAGCGGCAACCGGCUGGGCGCCGUCGCCGACGGCACCUUCCAGCUGCUGGGCGCGCUGCACGAGCUCGAGCUGGCCGAGAACGACGUCGAGUGGGUGGGCGCGCGCGCCUUCCAGGGGCUGCGCGCGCUGCGCAGGCUCUCGCUGCGCGACAACCAGCUGGCGCAGCUGCCGGGCGGACAGCUGCUGGCCAGCGCGGCCGCGCUGCGCGUGCUCGACCUGCGCGACAACGAGCUCAGCACGCUGCACGAGGACACCGUCCGGCCCGUGCUCGAGACCAUGACCAACGCCAGCGCCUACCUCUACCUCGAAGGUAACAACCUGCAGUGCGACUGCCGGCUCUCCUGGAUGUACACGCUGCGUAACCAGACGGAGAGCAAGCAGGUGCGGAACUCCCUGGAGGAGCUGACGUGCGUGCUGCAGGAGGACGUCAAGGGGCCCGCCGAGGGCGGCGAAGAAGACGACGACGUCGACGACGAAGACGACGGUGGCGAGGAGGGCGAGGGCGGCCGCGGCCGGAUGGCCAACGAUGUGGGCAGGUUCGGCAGUGUUCAAGGCCAGCAGCAGCACCUGCGCCACGGCGCCGAACACCGGCGACACCCGCAGCCCCUGCCGGCCCAGGAGCUCCCGCUGGACUACGUGGCGGAGGACGUGGCGGCCGACAUGGAGGACGGCGUGGCCAACAACCACAGCGCCCCGGUGCUCCGCCACCUGCUGCAGAUACCCGUGGAGCGGCUGCCCUGCCCGGAGGCCGUGUCCAGGCACCACGGCGGGGACCACGUCGCGGGGGCAGAGCUGUCAGCGGACAUGUCGCAGCGGCAGCGCCUACCCGGGGGCGAGCUGGCGCCGGGGGCGGAGGACGCCGCAGACGGCCCCUCCGCCGGGGGGCGGCCGACCGCGGGGGCGGCAGCGGCCCUGCUCUUCCCCGUCCUGGUGCUCGCCGCUUCACUGCCCGUCGCGUGAUCUGCAGCAGCCCCCCACCCGCUCCACUGAGGCCGCCGCGCUCCGCACGGGAUCCUCGACUGACACGGACUGGCGGCAAACGGACAGUCCCGCGACAGGACGGUCAGAGGUUUCCCCGGGGGCACGUCUCGUAUUUCUACUUGCACUCGGCAGGUGCUACGAUGGAACGAUACAAAAAUUUCUCUAUGUUGUAUUUCUUAGACUCAGCUUUCUCCUGUUCGAGAUCGCCGUUUGCUGGGAAGCGACUGAAGCAUUUCUUAAACUGAACGCUCCUCUUCUCUUCUCUGUAUAGACAUUUUAAAACCCAUAAAUGUGGCCGAUAACUGUGCUACAAAUAGAACAAUGUAAUACAGACAACUUGAUCGACUCCAUUAUCACAAACGGAACCUGUAUACAACAAUGUAUAUUAAAAUACAGUAUUGCUGACAAGAUACAGGCAUCACUGAAGCAUUCAAUACGUGUUGUUAUGGAAAUUAUGUUACUAUGAUAGUUUGUCUACGAUGGACAUGAUGCAGACAUUUAUCGAUAAAUUCUGGAGAGCAAGUGAAAUAUUUAUGAAGCUCUCGUCUUGUUUUUCUUGUUAAAAUAUGUUUUUUCUUUGCUUUGACUAGAUAUAGUUAACAGAAAUGGAAAAAAAAACUGAGGAACAUACUAGACUUAAUCUGGUCAAGUACACAUAAGAACUGCGCUUGUUUUCAAGAUCGCAUAAUGAAAUACAAUACCGCCAUCAGUACUAUUUGCAGGCCAGAAGCUUCACUGAAGCAUUCAGUAUCUGUCCAGUAUCCUGCAUCACGAUGUUUCGUCUACAGUCGACUGCGUGGUGUUACAAACACACAGUAAGUAUUUAGACAGAAGUGUAUAUUUUAUUAAGUUCCUUACAUUUGGUUGACAGCAGUGUCAAGGGCAGAACUCUAUAACAGACAACACUUGAUUAACCACACUUGUACAGCUCAGUACAAUGUAAUACAAUACUGCUAUCAAUACUGUUAGCAGGAGACAAUUAUCUCUGAUGCAUCAAAUACCUAUCCAAUAAUAGAAUUAAAUUACACGCCAGAGAUUUAUUCUCUGCAGUCGAUAUCAUGGAGAAAUCUGUUGAUAAACAAUACAUUUUAGAAAGCAUGUUUAAUACUUCUUAAAUUCCCAUUCCCUCUAAAAAAAGUAUUUCAUUCCACUGUGACUAGGUACGGUCAGCAGUAAUGGAAAGAACUAAAUAGUAUACUAGACAAAAUUUGAUCAACAUGUAUGAACACUGCAUGGAACACCAUACUUUCGAUGUACCCAUUACAACGAUAAAAUUACAACAGUCCUUAAGAUACAAUAUUUAUUCAGUACAGUCACUUAGUUACACCCUGAAAUGUUUUGUCUGCAGCCGACAGGACCCAAGUGUUUGUAGACAACCACUAAACAUUACAGUGUAAAUCAGCAGAAAUGUAGAACUUGAGCUUGAUAUUUGAUAUUAUUUUUAAUUUAACCAUAAUCUUUACCAAUCUGAAAUAUUAAAUGAUUAAAAACCUUUUCUAUUGAGCAUUUUCCAAUCGAAAUAACUUCGGGUGUUAAUGUAAUAACGAUUCAAAAGUUACAAUAAACAAUCAGUUUUAAAUUUUAGUGUGAAUACUUCUUUACAAGUGUUUAUCAUUGACUUGC